CAACUGACCCCGCAUCAACUUGGACGACGCUCAAUCGAAAGCUGCAGGCACCAGCUCGUAGAGAUCAGUGCUUCGCUCUGAUUACCACGACGACAUCUCCUUCACCGACCGACUGGUCUGGCUCCUACGAUGGUGUUUCAGCUGGCGUAGUCGCCUCACACCCUAGCAGCUCUCUCCUCAUCAUCGCGUCGUGGAGCCAUGAGCAUAUAUCGAUCGUCGUCGUCAGGGGGCGGCGUCGGAGUGGUCUCGCCCUUGGCCGGCCCCUCUUCGUCUCGCAUCAAUGCCAGCACCACACACUCUAGCCCCAACUACCAACAUCAGCGAUAUGGCAUGGGCAGCCCUUUGGCCGAGUCUCGCGAGACAUUGCCUCCUUCGCAGCAAGCGUCGACGUCCAGCCUACCUCCGACUGUGUCCAAAGCGGCGACUACUUCGAUCAUCAGCAUCCCGCUUCCCAACAAUGCACGAAUUGCACUGCAAAGACUCGAGAUAGACGAAGAAGCCAAGGCAGCCCAGCUUCUUCAGCAGCUCAAAGCCCUGACUAGCUACGAGAGCUCAUACGCUGCGAGACGAUGGGCACUUUCAGAAGGUGCACACGCAAAGGGUAAAGGCCGAGCAGCGGCCUGGCACGAGGUUACCGGAUGGCCUUCAGAGAUCCUACACCACACCCUCUGGCAUUUUGGCGCUGAACAGAAGUAUGAAGCUCCUGCAUCAGCCGGCGAGGACAACACAUCCUCAACGGCGCAGAAGACGUGCUACCUCUUCACCUUCUUCAAAAUUCAAGACCUUCCUCAUCGAUCGCAGCACUUGGCCCCGGCAAAGCGAUCAGCAGAGGACGAUCUGUGGGGCGAGUCACCAGCUGCUACUUCGCCCGAAUGGGGGAACGAGGACGGCAAGGCAUUGGCAGAGCUGGCGGAGCGCAUAGAAGUUGCAAAGAGCAGCCUUGCUAAUUUGCUCAGUCGACUUCCUGAGGAGUCGUGCAGCAGUUGCUCGCUGGUAGACACGACCACAUCCUCACAAGACGGCGCACUGCAACGCAAGUUUUGUCAAGCUGUACAGGCAAGCUUAGCCAAUACAUUCGUAUGGCGCUCAAGAGCGCACACUGAGCGCCAGCUGUUCGCCAGUGCGGUGCAAGGAGGAGUCGAGGACUUCAAAGAUUGCAAAGACGAGCAGAUGGAGGAGGAUGAAGACGGCGAGAUCAAGACGGAGGAGGUCGCCACAGCCGCAGCAUCAUCAGAUGAUAGACGGCCAACUUUGUGCCCUCGUCGUGCCGUUCGGGCGGGCAGUGGCUUCUUCAUGGCUCCAUACGCCCAGAGACGAGUACUGACAGAGGCAGACCGCAUUGCGUUUGGGGAAUUCCAGGUCACAAUUUCACCGCGCUUACAAUCGGACGAGCUAGACGGCUCGGAGGGCCAGCCCGUCCUCUUUGCAAAUUUGACUCUGGAUCAAACGACGCUCGCGACGCUCGACCAUCAUCACGUCGCUGGAGGGUCAGUCGAACUCGCCCCUACAAGACGGAAAGCGUACAGCCGCGGGCCUCCGCCAGAGACUGGCACGAGGGACGAGUCGACCCGUGCUGCGUAUCAGCAGCUUUGCGCCGUACUUGAGAUUCAGACUGGAAUUGCCGCUGAUCAGCUGAUGGAAGGAGGCUGGCUCGUUGUUCAAGGCGGCGAAGACGACGCACUUACCUUCUUGUGGCCUCGACAGCUUUGUUUCAGCAAGAGAGAUGCCGUCAGCUCUCACACAGCCAGUACUUUACGCAAUACCGCAAUGGCGGAUCUCCUCGAAGCUACGACUGAGGUGCUCGCUGAACAGAAGAAGCCCGCAUCGCAAGAGUCACCGUCUAGUCCAGCUCGACCCGCUAUCGUCGUCGAUGAGGCCCAAGAGGAAGAAGGCGACAUCACUCUCAAAGGUGACAAAGCAGACGCCAUGGACGAGGACGUCACUGGCGGCGACGACGGCGACGAUGGCGAUGGCGACGAUGGCGACCUCUUUGGCUCCGACGACGGCGACGCCGACGCCGACGGCGUAGAGUCGACUGCCGACCGCGGUCCAUCGCCAGCACUCCUGGUUAGCAGAAGCGGCGGAAGUGAUCCGAGCAUGUCGCGUCGCCCUUCAAGAGGAGAAGUAGACGACUCGAUGUACGGAUUGGUAACCGAAGAUGACUUUGCCUUUUUCGACGACAUUGACGGGGAUGAUGAGGCUGAUGCGGGGGUCACGGCACCUGCGGCCCCGUCCGCUGCGGAGAAGCUGCCGGAUACCGGCACGGAAGCCCAUGCGCCUACGAUCAGCGAUCAGACGCAGAUCAUGGACGAAGACAUUGCUACGACGCACGUUCUCUCGCGACUGGGCCGCGAGGUGAACACAUCCACCUCCAGCACGAGCGGCAUCCCCUCGGACCCAUCUUCGCUUCCAGGCUUCACUCCGGGCAGCUACACCGACAGCUCACCCGCCACAGGUGGCCCUCACGACCAGACGCCAAGAACACCGACUAGCCCGUACUACGAUGUCAGACCGAUUCCCACCGUCGACGGUUGGACACCGCAUCAAGAUGCGGAAAGCACUCCUCGCUCAGCAGCCCAGAUGUCCAUCGCUCCCCACGCUUUCGCUACGGCUGAGGGAGCAAGUCACGACGACGCCGAGCCUGACUCUAAUCGCAAACUCAAAGACUUGCGAGACAAAUACAGCUCAGGGAAGUUUGCGCUUCCGAACGGGCUCGCCAAUGGCGGCAGCGGCGGCGGCGGUGGAGCCACGCGCCUUUCUCGUAUCGCUCGAGCUGCAGAAGGCCAGUCGGACACCGCAAAGGCAAAUGCAACGACGCGCCGCCAGCUGCGUUUGGUGCCGAGGACAGACGACGAGAUGUCUGACGUGGGCACACAUGAUGGCUCAAGCGACGAAGAAAGUGGCGAUAGCGAUGAGGAAGACGAGUACAGCAGCGACAUGCGCGACAACGAAGCUCAACGCCCCGGCGAGGCCAUCGCUGAAGUGGGCCGCAUGCUCGAUGCCUCGAUGGCAUUGAUCCGCUCCAUCCCGGCAGCGGCAAAAGCUCCUCGAGAGGCGGCGAUCGCAUCGAGCGUGGUUGACGACAGCGCUGAGCAAAUGGCCACUCGACAGACACUGAUCGACUGGCUACUCGACAAUCCCUUUCUACGCGCUGAAGUCCACGGAUCAUCGUCUCGGGGUUUCGAUGAUGCCGACAGCAUCCUGCCGCUCCUCGAAAUCACCGACUCGGCGUGCCAGGCACAAUUUGACGUCGAGCUUCUCGAGGCCCCCUCGGUCUUUGUGGGAUGUCAAGGCAGCAUCACCGAGAUGGCACCUUCAGCCCUUCGCUUCUGGGAGAAAUUGGGCCUAUCAGCAGCAGGAGGGCAGCGUAGAAUUGUCGGAAUCGUGCUUCACCAUUCCAGCUGCAGCCCAGCCUGGAGGGCAGAGCUGUCACAGUGGCUCAGUCGAUUGUCCACGCUCUUCUCCUCGCUCGGUCUUGGCUCUCAUGAGGCAGCGCACGACGCAUUGAUUGAGCUCGGCGAAUCCCCUACUUCAGACCUCGAUCGAGCCAUCGAAGACAUCUUCGCCAGCGCUGACCAGCGGGAAGACACUGUGCGCUCUCUUGUGUCACGCUUCGCUGAGGCUCUCGGCCCAGAUCGCCACGUCGUGCUGUACGCCGUUGGAGCUACACCUACUUCCUCCCUGGUUGCUCUUCAGCGCGAUCUUCGCGUUAUUGGCGCAGAAAAGGCGGGCCUCUGGUCCCAGCAUAUUCACGUACGACCUCUUCCUUGGUCAAGCAUCAAGCAACAAUCGGUCAAGGAGUCGGUUUCGGCGCUCAAAGUGCAUGCCUUGGCACUCUACAAUACUCUGCGAGUUGCCGUCGAGUUUCGACCCGUGCGCUCUACCCUCCCGACCAAGAUGGACCUUCGCAGCUUCCCAGCUUUCACUUUGGCAGCCCCGUGCUCGUUGCUGCCCUCGACAUCGCAGUUUACGCUGAGCGAUCAGCCUCACCCCGCCGUCUUCACCCGUCAAGGCUGGCUGCACGUCUGCUAUCACGCUGGCCAGGCAGGAGAGCUGAGCUUCUUGAGCAUCAUGGACGGGGAAGGCAAGGAUCGAGCGCUCAAGAGCCAUUGUAGCAGCAGCAACGUCGAUAUCGUACGAUGGGUCAGCCAGCAGACACAAGACUACAUGCGCCGGCGUGGAUCAUUGUGGCACGUCGCCAUCUUCAAGAAGGGUAGCUUUACUGCCGGCGAGGCUACAGCAUGGGACAAGGCUGUGCUUCAUGCGAAAUUGCGGUGCGAAAGCGUGUCAAUCCUCAGCUACCAAGACAACAAGCCGUUCUUUGCCACCCAUAAGGCGGCCUCUGAGUCGAUUGCCGCUGCGCCAGCUUCUGCUGUCCUCGUCGAUUCUUCGCAAGUGUCUCACGCAAUCUAUCCGGACCGACAGAUGCUCAUGACUGGCACUUCCGACGAUAUCGACGACAAUGAAGACGCUUUGAUGAGCCUACAAUCAUCCAUCGUCAACUCCACAGCUCGAGCAGGGCGCACUCAUUCUGCAUGGAUCCACCUCGUCCGCUAUCGUCAAGCAACAGACGGCAAAAUACAGACCAAUGCUCCGCCCAAGCUCAUUCGACUAAUCACUCAGUCGCUAAUGGGUCUGCGAAUCGUGUCCUCAGAGCAUCAUCUGGGUCUAUCGCCUUGGCCAAUGGCGGCUAUUGAGGCGGUCGACGCCGCACUGCGACACUACUCCUUGGCCUUGAGCGCGCCUGUGGCCACGCCAGCUACAGCGGCGGACGUCGAUGGCGAGCGCUCAUCGAGUGAGGACGUCAUGGCAUGACGUACGGUAACGGCCCGCAUCAACGGCUCGCGAUGAGCAUUCUCAGAGGGAAGAGACUUCUCAUCCACGUUCUUCAAAGUCAUGACAGCCAGACGGCAGCGGCGGCGGCGGCGGCGGUGUCUGCUCGCAGCGUCAUACCAUUUGUAGCAUCAAUCCAUUCCGUCCCGUCUUCAUCAAAGCUCCACUCUCUCAGCAUUCCUGUAUUCAUACCCAUCUAUUUCUCCGCGGCAGUCUGCCUCUGCAGUUCAAUUUGUACUGCUCUUCACAUUACCGUCCGUGGCGGUCCGCGAUGGCGGUCGUGGUGGUGGUGACGGCGACGAGCCCCGCGACGGUACCCGAUGUCGCUCCGCUCAUCUGCGCUCCUUUCCAUUGCCGUGAGAGGUAAUUCUUCAAUCGCCAAUAAAAAGCCGCUGCCAG